GCCGGUGGAAGGAUGAAACAAGUGGAGGGAGAUGUAGCAGACAGGCGCACUAACACCACCACCAACACCCCCACACGCGCUCCACCUUGUCGGCUUCAUUGCUCUCACUCUCCGCUGUAGCAUCCUCCCUUUUUUUUAUUUGAUUCAUUUUCUUAGCUUAGCAGCUCCGGAUUAGAUUUGAUCUGCGGCGGUGCACCGGGAGCUUCAUGGCCGCGACACUCGCGAUGAGCGGCGGCGGGCAGGAGGAUCCCUUCUACCCGCUGCAGAAGGCGAGCCUCCCCGCUGUGUUCCCCCUGGAGGACUCGGCGCUGUUCGGCUUGGACUGCAAGAUCCCGGAGGAGAAACCCGGACACAUCGACUACACGCAGGUAAAAUGUGAGAUGGAAAGAUAUCUCUCCCCUCAGCCUCUCUCCCUUCCACCUCAUGCAGAUAGCCAGCAGAAGUCACACAGAGACGUGGAUCACUUCUUCACCGAUGACCACGGUGGCGCUCCCUACAUGCUGAACAUGAAUCUUUACCUGCCCGAGGUGGCCUACCUGAGGAUGGGCUUGUGUCAGCAGGUGCGGGCCCCUCAGCACCAGAACCACACAGGUCUCACCCACAUCAAAACAGAAUCUGCCUCCCCGUGUUUCUCCCCCAACCUACAGCCGCACUGCCCCAACACUUCACCCUCUGGUAGCUGCGGCACAUCUAGUCACGGCCCCGGCAGCAUUGCAAUGGAAACCUCAGCCAUAAACAUGACGAUAGCGGGGUUACCAGACUUCACCAGUGUUUUCAACCAGUCAGGAGGCAGCCAUGGUGGCGAUUCAGUGCCAGAGGUGUUUGUCAAACAGGAAAUGUCAUCACAGUUCGAGCCACACGCUCUGCACCAUCACAACGAUGGCUCGCUGUUUCAGCUCCUUAACUCUGGCUUGGAUCAUCCCCAUGGCAAUGGUAUGGAGGCUCAGCAUCAGCAGCAUCAUCGGCAGCAGCAGAUACAACACACUUCCACUUCCACAAUCCACACACCUUUCCAUAAUUUGCCGGUAGCUUCUUCUGCAUCUCAGCAGGAGCAGACUGCCAAGCCCGUCUACUGUGGCCUGGGAGGGGAGGCAUACACACAUCCUCAUCCUCAGGCACACCCUCAUUAUCUCCAGCAGCAGGUGCCCUACCUUCCGCCCUCUCCGCCCAGCUCCGAGCCCGGCAGCCCUGACAGGCACAAGGAGCUGCUCCACACCAUGUCUCCUCCUCCCUCGUAUGCAGCCACCAUUGCGUCCAAAAUGGCAGGUAGCACCCCUGGGCUCGGACCCAGCCCGGGACCCGGCAGCUUAGCCAUGCCCCUUAACACAGGUCCCACACCGGUCCCAGGCCAGGCUGCAGUCCUUCCCCAAACCCCUGCAAUAACCCCAACCCCGACCCCAGCUCAGACCACUGUGUCUGUCCGCUACAGCCGGAGGAACAAUCCUGACCUGGAGAAACGACGGAUCCACCAUUGUGAUUACCCAGGCUGCAAGAAAGUCUACACCAAGUCGUCCCAUCUGAAAGCCCACCUCCGAACUCACACGGGUGAGAAGCCGUACAGGUGCACGUGGGAUAGCUGCGACUGGCGCUUUGCGCGUUCAGACGAGCUGACGCGUCACUAUCGGAAGCACACGGGCGCCAAACCCUUCCAGUGCGUGGUCUGCUCACGCGCCUUCUCCCGAUCCGACCACCUCGCCCUGCACAUGAAGAGACACCAGAACUAGUAGCAUUUCCACAAACAUCACAAAAACACAAGCACUAUCCUGACACGCAUAAAACACUCACUCCAUCUCCCACAACUCCAACGUUACGGGCUGCGUGACACAAAGUUCACUGACACCACAGCUCUUCCUGGUGCUGCUAUCAUGUGCUGAAACAGUACGAUAGCCUGACAAACGUGUUGCUCUUCACCCAGCGUGAGAUGAUGUGGAGGUUUUAACGUAGAAAGAUGUGGGACGGAUGAAGUUCCUGGUUCUUUCAUCCCCAGAUACACUUAUUUUAGAAAAAUGGUAGCUCCAAAACGUGUCUCCAGUCCAUUUGGACUAUUUUAUGUGACUGGAACGAAAAGCACUUACCACUCAAAUCUUUUACAUGUUUUUCUCUGUUCUAACAUAGAACUGGCUUCAUUUGUUUUUAUAAAGGAGAAGCUUUUGUUUGAAAAACUAGUCAAACCAAAUCUUUGUUUACUCCGUGGUUUGUUAGUUUGUUUAUGUACCUGGAAUAGCCAGAUUAAUUUUUUACCAAAUCAUUUGAUUUGCACUAGAAUUGGUGUUCAACGUCUGAGCCUUUUUGGCCAGACGCGUCUCUUCAUCACCACUGGAACAAUCAUUAUCACGACUGGACUGAAUCCCGCCAAUCAUUACUGUUCAGAUAUUAAAAAUUGAAGGCAUUUAUUACUCUGGAGAGAGGGAAGAUAGUACAGGGAAAAAAACGAGGGAGGGGUGCAGAUGUAGAGUUUGAAAGAUUUUUUUUGAUUUUAGAGAGAGAGGAGAUCUGAGGACGACUGAGAAACGGAGGGAGGUGGAUGGUUGCUAAAGAGCAGCAAUUAGGUGAUGAAUUAUUCAGAUUGUGUUUGGAUGGAUUUCCAGCCAGAGAAAUCUAAGCAGGGACACGUCCUAGAAAUCAUUCAGUUAAACAGAAUUGACUGUAUUUGAUGCACAAGCUUGAAUUAAGCGUUUUGAAACUCGAUUACCGUAGAUUUCUCCUCAUUUACUCCUUUCAGACGUUUAACCAAAGCAUAAUCUUCAUCUACACCUUAUUAAGUGCCUCCUCCUCCUGUUUUAUGUGUUUCUGUUCAGUGGUUGCAGAGCUGUGAUCAACGUAGGCAGUCCUUCAAACACACAUGGUGCUGUUUUUAUUUGUAAAAAAAAAAAAGGAAACAUGUAUUAAAUUACAAGGUUUACCCAUCAGUUAUUGUAAUUUUAACAGCUCAGUUCAGGCCACUUCACAGACAUGCUGAAUUUACGUGUUACUAAAAUGACAGUCGGAACUUUCUCUGAGGGUUUUACGCUCCCGAACUCUGUAGACAACUAAUUUGCAAACGCAGCUUGAUCAGUCAGUCGAACGUGGAUUUGUGGUUUGUUAAAGGAUAGUUUCACAUUUUAAUACCUACAUGCUCAUGUGUACAUGGCAAAUGUGUUUCUCUCAACCACACUGGCCUUAAUUCCUAUAAACAGAUUCUGCAGGUGAAUCUGUAAGCGAGGGACAAGAUUUUGGGGUCUUCUGAUUUCUGUUUUGAAUUUGACCAAUCGUGUUUGAGCAGGAUUUAUUCACACACAGAAAAGAGAAUAGUCAGACUGUUGUCUACACCAGAAUCAUAGGUCUUCUUUCAGUGAACACAUAUGCAAAUGAAAAGCCAAUAUUGGGGGAAAAGUUCAGCAACUCUUCGCAGAGCCACGAUUUGCUUCACCACAGGAAGCUAAGGUUUUAUUCGCCUCCUUACCUGCACUGAUUGGCGUUGAAUGAAAAGUGAAAUAUUUGCAAAUGUGUGACCAGGCCCUCAAAUAAUAAUACGGGGCUCCAUCAUUCUGAAUCAGACUCAUAUUUUUCACUGUUAAUCUUAUGAGUGCGAAAUUUCAUCUUUGAACUUCAUCAAAAAGCACAAGGAAGGAAUCUUGUACUGAAAAAGCGCGAAACUGUAAAGAAAAACCCCAUUUUAAUGUACAUAUGAGCAUGAACAUGUAUAGAUAAAUGUAACCCUACCCUUUAAUAUAACCCUCUCUGUUCAUUUUUGGUGGUGUGGUGUAGCCUGAACUCAUAACUGUACUUGUUCAUUCACUGCAGGUAACGUUAAGAUAAUAUAGCACUGUAAUGUAUCAUGGUAAAUCUAUUUAUUUGAUUGUGUAGAAGUGGGGGUUGUGUCAGAUCCACCAUCUUUCUCCCCAGCAAAAAAUGCCUUAAUGUAAAUAUAUGCACUGUAAAUAACUUGAUUUAGUUUGUUUUAUUUUUCCUCUUUUUUAUCAUUUUGUAAAGGGCAAAAUGAGGAAAAGGCCCCGCCUCCAAAAAUGUUUGAGCCUUUUUUCUUUUUGUUUCUUUUUCCUGUUUAAAAGAUAUUUUGAUGCCAUUGUUUUAUAUAUUGUCCUUCCAGCAGCUUAUUUUAUAAAUCCUUGUUUUUUUGUUUCGUAGUAAACGUUCCAAAGACAAAAGUUGUUUUUUCUUCAACUGAGUGAAGCCGAUCCUAAUAAAGUCAACUGAC